AUCCCUCCCUGCCACGCUUACCUACCCACCUCCAUCCUCAGGCAACAACUGUUCUGUUUUCUAGCACUAUAGAUUAAUUUGCAUUUUCUAGAAUUAUAUAGAAAUGGAAUCCUCCAUUAAAUACUUGCUUUUAUGUGGAUUAUUUCCAUCCAGCUUAAUUUGUUUUAAACUAUGACUAUAAGCUUAAUUGAUGUAAUUCUCUCUCAGACACACACGACGGGACAGAACAGACCCUCAGAAUUCUGGGGAAAGAGCGCCAAGUUCUGGCUGUGCCCGACCCUGCUCUUUGCUGUAUUUCUGGGCUUCUACAGCAAUGUCUUCGGCCUGAUCUUCACUUGGCAGAGAGAAGAGUCUCAGAGCAGCCCUGAGGUCCACCACCUGCAGGGCCGACAGGAGCGUCUGCCACUUAGCCAGGAUACACACAGAGUGGUUCUGCAGCAGAUGCAGCUGGAGAAAAAGGAGUCCAGUGAAGGUGACUGUCACCUGGACACCUGCAGGAUACCUGAAGUACCCAGGUUGCUUUACCCCAAGGCCCAGCUCCUCAAGCCCACGAGAGUGGACGUGCUGGUCAUGACUCCCUGGUUUGCACCCAUCGUCUGGGAUGGGACCUUUGACUCUGCCAUCUUGGAUGUGCAGUUCAGAAACAUCACCGUCGGGCUGACCGUGUUUGCCAUCAAAAAAUACGUGGUCUUCCUGAAGCUCUUCCUGGAGACGGCCGAGAAGUACUUCAUGGUGGGACACAAGGUCAACUACUACGUCUUCACUGACCAGCCGGCGGAUGUGCCCCAGAUCCCCCUCCAGGAAGGGAGGCAGGUGGUGGUCCUCAAGGUCCGAAACUACAAACGCUGGCAGGACAUAUCCAUGCACCGGAUGGAGAUGAUCAGCAAAUUCUCCCAGCAGCGCUUCCUCCACGAGGUCCAUUACCUGGUGUGCUUGGACGUGGACAUGAAGUUCAGCGACCACGUGGGCGUGGAGAUCCUGGCACCGCUCUUUGGGACCCUCCAUCCUGGUUUCUACGCAGCUGAUCGCCAGUCCUUCACCUAUGAACGCCGGCCCUUGUCUCAGGCCUACAUUCCGAGAGAUGAGGGUGAUUUUUACUAUAUGGGAGCCUUUUUUGGGGGGUCGGUCCCUGAGGUUUACCGGCUCACCACGGCCUGUCACCAGGCGAUGAUGGCCGACCAGGCCAACGGCAUCGAGGCCGUGUGGCACGAUGAGAGCCACCUGAACAAGUACCUGCUGUAUCACAAGCCCAGCAAGGUGCUGUCCCCCGAGUACCUGUGGGACACGCAGAUGCUGCAGAGACCACCUUUACUCAGGAAACUUCGAUACGUGGCUGUGCCCAAGAACCACGCAGAAAUUCGGAACUGAUGAGAACAUACUUCCCAAGAGAGCCCACGUUAUCAGGCUGUAGCACAUGUCAGUGGUUCUGUGCGGGAGUCCAGCUCCUGCAGGUCCAGGAGUACCUGAGGGAUGGACAGCGUCUGUGAGGAGAAGUUAAAUAAAUCAGUAACACUCUGUA